AUUUUGUUAAAGGCUAUUGUUAGUAGAGUAACUGCGAUGGUAGGAAUAAGAGCUAAAGUAGUUGAUUAUUACAGAUUUCGCAGUUAUAUUUAAGCCUGUAUAGACGCUAGUUUAUAUUAUAUCUACACCAAAAUAACGAAGAAUUGUUCGACUUGUGCUCGUGACUUGAGCGAGUCGCUUUUUAUUUAACUGGUUAGCAUUGCUAACUAGCUAGAGAAAGAAGCUCGACUAUCAUUUCUGUUUAGUGUUACAGCAUCUCGAGUGUUGUAUUUAACGUUGUAGCUGGGCUUUUAAUGUGUCAUAACUGAAUAGGCCCCAUUCAUAGCAGUUGUGAUUAUUUAAUAGCAGCUUGUUUGUUGUCACACUGACGGCCAGUCUGCAAGCCCCGAAGACAGGCGGAGAGAUGGCGAGCUCGGUGGGAAACGUGGCCGACAGCACGGAACCAACAAAACGUAUGCUUUCCUUCCAAGGGUUGGCUGAGCUGGCACACCGCGAGUAUCAGUCAGGCGAUUUUGAGGCAGCAGAGCGCCACUGCAUGCAGCUGUGGCGGCAGGAGCCAGACAAUACGGGUGUUCUGCUGCUGCUUUCUUCUAUCCACUUCCAGUGCCGCAGGCUUGACAGGUCUGCUCACUUCAGCACCCUGGCCAUCAAGCAGAAUCCCAUGCUUGCUGAGGCCUACUCCAACCUGGGCAAUGUGUUUAAGGAGCGUGGUCAGCUUCAAGAGGCAAUUGAGCAUUAUCGUCACGCGUUGCGCCUCAAGCCAGACUUCAUCGAUGGCUACAUCAACCUGGCAGCAGCUCUGGUUGCAGCAGGAGAUAUGGAGGGGGCUGUGCAGGCUUAUGUAUCUGCUCUCCAGUACAAUCCGGAUCUGUAUUGUGUUCGCAGUGACUUGGGCAACCUUCUUAAAGCUCUUGGGCGUUUGGAAGAGGCAAAGGCUUGCUACCUGAAGGCAAUUGAGACUCAGCCGAACUUUGCUGUAGCAUGGAGCAACCUGGGCUGUGUUUUCAACGCUCAGGGAGAAAUCUGGCUGGCCAUUCAUCAUUUUGAGAAGGCAGUCACCUUGGAUCCGAACUUUUUGGAUGCUUACAUAAACCUGGGCAAUGUGCUUAAAGAAGCCCGCAUCUUUGACAGAGCUGUUGCUGGUUAUCUGCGAGCCCUCAGUCUGAGCCCCAACCAUGCUGUAGUCCACGGCAACUUGGCCUGCGUCUACUAUGAGCAAGGUCUGAUAGAUCUGGCCAUUGAUACCUAUCGGCGUGCUAUUGAGCUGCAGCCUCACUUCCCUGAUGCUUACUGCAAUCUUGCCAAUGCUCUUAAGGAAAAGGGCAAUGUGUCCGAGGCUGAGGAGUGCUACAACACAGCACUUCGUCUUUGCCCCACACAUGCUGACUCGCUCAAUAACCUGGCCAACAUCAAACGUGAGCAAGGCAACAUUGAAGAGGCUGUCCAACUCUACAGGAAAGCUCUUGAGGUGUUCCCAGAGUUUGCUGCAGCCCACUCAAACCUCGCCAGUGUUCUUCAGCAGCAGGGCAAGCUGCAGGAAGCUCUCAUGCAUUACAAAGAAGCUAUCAGGAUCAGCCCCACAUUUGCUGAUGCUUACUCCAACAUGGGAAACACACUAAAGGAAAUGCAGGAUGUGCAGGGGGCGCUGCAGUGCUACACACGUGCUAUUCAGAUCAAUCCUGCAUUUGCAGAUGCUCACAGCAACCUGGCCUCAAUACACAAGGACUCUGGAAAUAUUCCGGAAGCUAUUGCAUCUUACCGCACUGCUCUAAAGCUCAAACCUGACUUCCCAGAUGCUUACUGCAAUCUUGCGCACUGCCUGCAGAUUGUGUGUGAUUGGACCGAUUACGAUGAGCGCAUGAAGAAGUUGGUUAGCAUUGUGGCUGACCAGCUGGAAAAGAACCGUCUGCCCUCAGUGCACCCUCACCACAGCAUGUUGUAUCCUCUUUCCCAUGGCUUCCGCAAAGCCAUUGCUGAGAGACAUGGCAACCUCUGCUUGGAUAAGAUCAAUGCUCUUCAUAAACCUGCCUAUGAGCAUCCUAAGGACCUGAAAGCAAGUGGAGGGCGUUUGCGUAUUGGCUACGUUAGCUCAGACUUUGGCAACCACCCUACCUCCCACUUAAUGCAGUCCAUUCCUGGUAUGCAUAAUUCUGAAAAGUUUGAGGUAUUCUGCUAUGCCCUUAGUCCUGAUGACAGCACUAACUUUAGAGUGAAAGUGAUGGCUGAGGCUCAUCACUUUACUGAUCUUUCCCAGAUUCCCUGCAAUGGCAAAGCUGCAGACAGGAUCCACCAAGAUGGAAUUCACAUCCUUGUCAACAUGAAUGGCUAUACCAAGGGUGCCCGCAAUGAGCUGUUUGCCUUGCGCCCAGCUCCCAUUCAGGCAAUGUGGCUUGGCUACCCGGGCACCAGUGGAGCUCCCUUCAUGGAUUACAUUAUUACUGAUAAGGAGACCUCUCCAGUUGAGCUGGCUGAGCAGUAUUCUGAGAAGAUGGCCUACAUGCCAAAUACAUUCUUUAUUGGGGAUCAUGCUAACAUGUUCCCACAUCUUAAGAAAAAGGCUGUGAUUGACUUCAAGUCCAAUGGACACAUUUUUGAUAAUCGCAUCGUACUGAAUGGAAUUGAUCUCAAAGCCUUUCUAGACAGUUUACCGGAUGUCAAGGUCAUCAAGAUGGAAUGUGACGGUCCGGAGUCAACAGAUAGUAACGGAGCCCUUUCCAUGCCAGUCAUCCCUAUGAACACGGCUGCAGAGGCCAUUAUAAACAUGAUCAACCAAGGCCAGAUCCAGGUCACCAUCAAUAGUUUCACAGUCAGCAAUGGCUUGGCUACGACUCAGAUAUUUACUGUCGAGGAGGUUGUAGUAUCUGGGACUGUAGCCUUGCAGAUCAAUAACAAGGCUGCCACUGGAGAAGAGGUUCCGAGAACAAUUGUGGUGACCACUCGCUCUCAGUAUGGUCUGCCUGAGGACUCCAUUGUCUACUGUAACUUCAACCAACUCUACAAGAUUGACCCACCAACUCUGCAGAUGUGGGCCAAUAUUCUGAAACGUGUGCCAAACAGCGUUCUCUGGCUGUUGCGCUUCCCAGCUGUGGGUGAGCCCAACAUCCAGCAGUAUGCCCAGAACAUGGGCCUGCCUGCCAACCGCAUCAUCUUCUCCCCUGUUGCCCCAAAAGAGGAGCAUGUGAGACGUGGCCAGCUGGCUGAUGUCUGCCUUGACACGCCUCUCUGCAAUGGCCACACCACUGGCAUGGAUGUGCUCUGGGCUGGCACACCAAUGGUCACAAUGCCAGGUGAGACACUUGCCUCCCGUGUAGCUGCCUCUCAGUUGACUUGCCUUGGCUGCCCUGAGCUCAUUGCACAAUCUCGCCAGGAGUAUGAAGAUGUGGCUGUCAAGCUUGGCACAGACAUGGAAUACUUGAAGAAGAUUCGAUCCCGUGUGUGGAGGCAGCGUAUCUGCAGCCCGCUCUUCAAUACUAAGCAGUACACUGUUGACUUGGAGCGCCUCUACCUGCAGAUGUGGGAGCACCACGCAGGCGGUGCCAAACCUGACCACCUGAUGAAGAUGCAGCUGCUUGACAGUAGUGAAAGCGCCUGAGCCACCACUGCCCCCCCCCUUUUCCUCCACGAGUUACCCAACACCCACGCUUCAGUUUCCAUCAAUGUCAGAGACUCCCUAGAGCCUGCUAUUGAGUACCAUCACCAUGAUCUGACCCUUCAGCUGCAGAAUUAGUUUCUUUGAGCCAGCGAAGAGUGUGAUCAAGACUCCUUUCCCUCAGAAAUCCCAUUCACACUGACUACUACCCCUGCUUCUGUUCUGCUUGGGUGUGGACUUUAAGACGGAGCAGUCUUGUCAAAUUGUGACCUUCGUGUCUUUUAGAUGAAGGUUUUUUUCCUUUCUUUUUUUAAACAGCGAGAUGGUGUUGAACUUCAACACUUUGUUUCAAAAAUAAAUGAUUGGCUCACGUAACAUGCAAAUGUGAAUAUUUGCCUUUUUAGUUAGCAGAUGCGUUUCUUUAUGUAUUUCAGGCUGUUCAUCAUGACCUGGGAUAGUUGUGUGGAUUGUAAUGGUUCUCCAAUGCUUUAUUUCCUUCAUCUUAGUAAUGUUAAAUGCUUACAGUUCUGUCAUUUCAUGAAACAUGCCCAGAAUAUUUAUGGAGAAGCUAGAAUGAAGACCUCAUUGCAAAUUUGAUGAUAGCCUGCAGACUACCCUAGUAUUUGUCCUAAAAUGCUAUAUAUUUUUUUUUACCAGGAAGGUUCAAGGUAAGUAUUUUCUAAGUUCAUCAUUUUGUACACUGUCUUCCUACUGAUCAUUUUAUUUAUGCUCUGUCAGUGAAAUUGCAAGUCUCUUACAUAAAGAAUAAAGGAUUGUGGCAAACCCUCAAAA